CAUUAUCAAUCAUAGAAAACCCGUCAUACAAUAGGUUCAAGCUAAAGUACCGUAUCACCAUGGUAAUUACCUGGAAAUUCGGUGUGUUUUCUACGUUUUUGUUAAACAAGCAGCAAUGUGCAACAGAAAUUACCAUGGUGAUAGAGUAGAUGACCGUGUGAAGCGGUGUGAGAUGCAGCAAAGCUUGGUGACAUCGUCCAAGAUCGACAGGGAUGGCGGGUCACCUGCCGUGACGCUGUCGACGCUAUUGUCCAGUCCCGCAUGGAGCCUGUGGCGAAGCCCCUCAUUUGUGGCACUUGUGCGCGCAGUUUUCGUCGGCCACAGGAUAUUGCGACGCACAAGUGUAAAGCUGUUCGCGCGGCCCGCGCGCGCUGAGUAUGGCGUUCCCCGCCCGGUGGACAACACGUCUCCUGGUCUGCCCCGUAUGGGGCCACAUAGCCAGUCAUGGCAGUGGAAGAAGGAAGGAAGCUUUCACUGUCCAGGAGCGACACUGACUCGCACUGCUAUCUGGUGCUCACUAGGUGUUUGUCGCGCUGCAAACGGAGCGUCUCUCAUUAGGCGAUUUGAUCGCAGGACGAGAGAGGAGCUGAUGGACGAUCUCUCCAAUGUUCCACUUGGUUCGGAGCGGCGCCGAGUGCUGACGUUGGGACUUGGCCAUUCAACUGCAGUGCCAGUCUGGCUACCUGCCCUGCCUGCGUUCCAGCCUGUGGCUGUAUCCUGCCAUCACAGCGCUGCGACGGUGUUUGGUACGACUGUGCUGAUGGCUCUGAUGCACAGUACUGCCCAGGCAAGGUCACACCAGCUCCAGGUCAAACCGACUGCCAGGUCCUGUCACCACCGGCACUGGGCUCAAUGACCGUGAACGGCUUGAUGUUCAGCAACACGACCACGUUUGUGUGCAGUCUCCCUAUGUCCUUAUGGGUUCGGCCGUGUGUACUUGUGAAAUCAACGGCCAGUGGAGCGGUGUGCAGCCAACUUGCGUCCUGACGACUGCUGCUCUGAGUGCGGCCAGUGACGAGCUAGUCAAGGACUCCGUCUCAGAACGCAUGACACAAACGUGUUAGCUCCUGCUCCAUGCCCAUUGUUGGAGCGACAGUCCUGGAGUCCAGAGUUGCAAGUGAGGUGGUGAUACGGCAAGCAGACGGUCGCAAAGUAUGGCUUAAAAGCUCUACAUCUGGCAAGUGGCCGGCAUACCACCCCAAUGGACAUCGGAACAGUACACGUAGAGUAGCAUCUCUACGUGACAGGGUAUGAGCGCAAGCCAGUAUUGCCAAGCACUGGGGACCUUUGGCAAUCUGAAGAAUGUUUUGUCCGAGAAUCGAUCCUUGGAUCUGUGGCGUUGCAGUUGUGGUGCUCCCGACCCUCUUGCGCGAUGGCCGCGGAGACCUAGCGAAAAGGUUCGAGACAUACGGCAUCUCAAUAUCUUCCACCACAAUCAGUACAUCAGCACCACCAUCGAGUGUAGCGACAUCAGCAAUAGAAGACGCACAUGAUAUCAUCCACCCUUACGGCCUUAGCGAAGACCCGGGAAUACCUGAGAAGAUGUUAGCCGCAACUUUACUGGAAAAGUCGUCGGUGACAACGGCACUCCAUAUUUUAGCUCCAUGCAGUUAGGUCUCUCAACAAGUGUACCCAAAGUUUUCAAGCUAAUACACAAGCAAAUUCACUAGGGGCCGAGUAUAUUUUCCUACACCUCUCCCUGUUUGUUGUUGUUAUUUCUGCAUUCAAAUUGUUUGUGUACCUGUACAUUUAUUACAGUAGAGCCACGCAUCCACAGCUGUUGUUUCCAAGGGGUCAGGCUCGUCAGUUAUACAAAACCUUUCAGCAAUCUGGCCUUAGGCUUAGUUCCUUGACUUUUUGUACCACUUUCUUAGAUGCACAUCCCACUGGAUAGUGAGCAAUACGUGUGUAGCAGAAUCUGUAUUCCAGAAAAGCAGAGACUCGAGUCUAUUGACACUGCGUUUCUUUUUAAAACGUUAUUGGCUGUGGUGUGUACCUAGAGGUAUACACGUACAUUCCUG